GAGCGUAUGUCGCAAAGUCCUGCAUGUCAUAGAAGGAGACUCCUUCUGUGCUUUCAGCAUUAGUAUUUAAAUAAGUAUUUAUGGUUAAAUUUGCGACAAAAGACGAACUAGCUUGACAAGGUUUGUGAAAGAAGCAGCCUCUAAUCAGUAUUGUCAAAACUGGUCGUAAACAGGACGUCACAGAGGAAGUAGACCUCACUACUGGCUUUCCUUACUUGAAAAGCCUCUGACAGCGCACACACAGCUUGAUGGAGCUCAUUCCAAUGAGGGGGUGAUGGUUUAAGGAGCGAUUGUUUCGGAGGUGCCCGAGCGUGAGAUGUUACGCUGGACGGUGCACCUGGAAGGAGGGCCACGGAGGGUUAACCAUGCCGCCGUGGCAGUGGGGCACAAGGUUUACUCCUUUGGCGGGUACUGCUCUGGUGAAGACUACGAGACACUGCGACAGAUUGACGUUCAUGUCUUCAACACUGUGUCACUGCGCUGGACAAAACUGCCCCCGGUGAGGACGGCCGGUAGGGAACACGCCCGGGACGUACCUUACAUGCGUUACGGUCACACUGCGGUAUUGGUGGACGAUACCAUCUACAUCUGGGGAGGAAGAAAUGACACAGAGGGGGCCUGUAACGUCUUAUAUGCCUUCGAUGUCAAUAACCACAGGUGGUUCACACCCAAGAUCUCCGGAACAGUCCCUGGGGCAAGAGAUGGCCAUUCAGCUUGCGUCCUUGGCAAAGCUAUGUACAUCUUUGGGGGAUAUGAACAGCUGGCUGACUGUUUUUCCAAUGACAUCCACAAACUGGACACUACCACUAUGACCUGGUCUCUGAUCAAUGCACGCGGUACCCCAGCUCGCUGGAGAGACUUCCAUUCUGCCACCAUCAUUGGCACCAAAAUGUUUGUGUUUGGGGGUCGAGCAGAUCGAUUUGGCCCCUUCCACUCCAAUAAUGAGAUCUACUGCAACAAGAUCAAAGUGUUUGACACAGAGACCAACUGCUGGCUCAACACUCCCUCAGCGCAGCUACUGCCAGAGGGCCGCAGGAGCCAUUCUGCCUUUGCAUACAACGGAGAACUGUAUAUAUUUGGGGGCUACAACGCUCGGCUGGAUCGUCACUUCAAUGACCUUUGGAAGUUCAACCCAGAGGCAUUCUCCUGGAAGAAAGUGGAGCCAAAGGGGAAAGGUCCAUGUCCUCGACGGAGACAGUGCUGUUGUAUGGUGGGAGAUCGUAUCAUCCUGUUUGGAGGAACCAGCCCAUGUCCACUGCAGGGGAUGGGAGAUGAGUUUGACCUGAUGGAUCACUCUGACCUGUACAUCUUAGACUUCAGUCCUAAUUUGAAGACAUUAUGCAAGCUAGCAGUUAUUCAGUAUCGGUUGGAACAGUCAGGGCUACCUCAGGAUAUCCGGUGGGAGCUGACAGCCAUGACGACCAACAGUAACAUCAGUCGACCAAUCUUCUCCUCACAUGGCUGAGAACAGAGAAGGUACCUAGAGCAUCUGUAGCUAUCUGGAGAAGCUUGAUUUCACACCGUUUGGAUCCGGAUUGAUUUUUUUUUCCUUCGGGUAACUCCUACUCCAAGUAAAUGGUUUUAUAAGUGAAGACUAAUUAACAUUUUCUUCAUCCAGUUAUGGGGUUUCUCAUUUUUGAAAGAGGUACUUCUGAAUUUUUUUAAACCUUUUCCCCCCCUCUCU